GGAAAGCCCGGGAAACCAUGUCCGCGGUUUCCCUCGAACCAGUACUUACCAGCCUCAUUGCCUCAAUUCCUACUUCCCCGGUCCAUGAAGAACAGCUCAAACAACUCGUAAAGAAAACUCUUGAUGAUGCAAAAAGGAUCUCUUCACCGGAGAACAGGAAAAAUCAAUGGGAAUACCUGUUGAGGAAUGAGGUCUUGAAUCUUGCUGCAACUGAGGGCCAAGCUCUCAAGAAUGAAGAGACGAGAUACUAUGACCAGCUGCGAGAUAUGUUGGACCUGGUUCUCAAGUUCACGGAGUUGGACGCAUGCGAACAAAGCUUUCCGUUCACGGUCCUACAGGAUCUCCUUGAAGCGCAAACAAUCGCCUCAUGCUCCCAUACAUUCACAUGGAUUGAAACACGCGCCUCACGUUUAACAGAAGGCAUGGUUCCCGGAAAAGGAAAGGCCCUCGUACUUUUACGAACAUUGAAUGAUUUACUUCGUCGCCUUUCAAAGAUGGGGACCAUGACAAUAUUUUGUGGAAGGAUACUCACGUUCUUGAGUGGGGUGUUCCCGUUAGGUGAACGCAGUGGCGUUAAUCUGAGGGGUGAAUAUGGUCCUUUAUGGGAGGGGGUGACAAUGGAGGCGAAAGAAGAGUCUUCAUCAGCAGGAGCGGAUCAAGCCAAGGUCGAGGACUCUAAUGGUGACAUGAAGAUGCAGGUCGAUUCCAAAGAUCCAAAGAAAGACGACAAGGCAGCUGAACAAAAAAUGGAUUUUUACAAUACAUUCUGGUCCCUACAACGACCGUUCUCCAGACCGCCACUGUUCGCGAAUCCAGCCACCUUCCCCGAUUUCAAAGAAGCCGUCACUAAGGUUCUACCUGUAAUCAAAGAAGCUAGUGCGAAGGAACGUUUGAUGAUGGGUAGCAAGGCGGUUGGCGCAUCAAACGGAUCACUCAAACGCAAACGAGAACCCUUAGAGAGCGCCGAAGAUGCUGUCGAAGAAUAUUUCUUUGCAAAAUUCUUGACCAGUCCUGAACUGAUUGAUCUUGAGAUCGCAGAUACCCAUUUCCGCCGUCAAUUUCUCUUUCAACUGCUCAUUUUACUGUCACAUCUUCUUAAUUACACCAAGGCUGCCAAGGCUGCGUGGCAGACGACAAGGAAUCGCUCGUUACAAAUGGACUUCGUUCUAUCUGAUACAGAUGCACAAUGGGUACAAGAAACAUUUACCAAGGCAAUGGAAGAGUUGCGACAGACAACGCCGAACGGACGAGCGUUCGCUGAUACAGCUGCGGUCAUUUUGGAGCGCGACAGGAACUGGAUCCGGUGGAAGAACGACAUGUGUCCGCCGUUUGACAAAGCACCCUGGAGCGUCGAGAUCGAGGAGGAAGAGGAGGUUGAUGGAGAGAAACAGAAGAAGAGAAAGGUUGGUCUGGAAGAGGCUACGAGAGAAGCAAGACAGAAGAUGCGCGAACCUCCUGAGGAUUGGCAGUGGAAAUUCGGGAGUGAGGCAUUGACCGAGAUAUGGGAGAUGGGCUAUCGUGACUUGCACGAUUUACAAAGACCUUUCCAUCCUGGCGAUAUCCAAGACUUUGCCAAAAAGAUUCAACUCGAAGAUAGGCGAAUAGAAAUGCGAACAAAACAACUCAGACAACAGCAAGAGAGACGAGAAGCAUUUAAGAUGGCAGCGGCGGCCAAAGCAGCAGAGGCGGAGGCAGCGGAGAUGGAGUCCAAGGCUACUACCACAAAUUUAGAGCCACCCACAGACACAAUCUCGGCACAAAAUGUGUCAUCACCACUUCAUCCUUCACUUCCGGCCAAGCCUGUUUCCAGCUCUUUGCCUCAAGAGCCUCCAUCAGUUGGUACACCUGCAUCAACGGUGGGGCCAUCUGCAGCGCCGGUCACAAGUACGCCGACGCCCAGGCCAGCAACUCCCAUGUCUGCGCCGUUACCUCCUGACGAUCAGAUAAAGAAAGCGGAAGAGAGCAAGGAACGCUGGUCAUGGCUGGCGCUCCGAACGGCCCGUGAGCAGUAUUUAUCACAUUUUGGAAAGGUUGGGACUGGAGAUGUUCCGGCCCUGGUCCAGGAGAUCGAGCGAGAGAAGGAGAAAGAGGCAAAAGAAACCAAGGCAUCUGAAUCGCCGAGUGGGAGUAGUCCUUCGAAAUCGCCAGGACCAGAAACUCUGAAAGUUGAUGUAGAAGGGGAUAUAAAGAUGGAAGCAACGUAGCCAUGUAGUUCCGGGUAGUUCAUGAAACGUUUUCUGCGAUCACGAACCAUCAUGAUCAGGC